AUGGGCUCAGACUGGACAGUGGACCCGGAAACUAGAAGAAAACUGCUCUCCCUACAAAAAACAGGUGGUAACAAGAGAUGUUUUGAUUGUAAUGCCCCAAAUCCACAAUGGGCUUCACCAAAAUUUGGAAUCUUUAUUUGUCUUGAAUGUGCUGGUAUUCAUCGUGGUCUUGGUGUCCAUAUUUCAUUUGUGAGAUCAAUCACCAUGGAUCAAUUCAAACCUGAAGAAGUUAAAAGAAUGGAAUUAGGUGGGAAUGAAAAAUGUGCUGAAUUCUUAGAAUCAAAUGGUAUUGAUUUACAAAGUGAACCAAAAUUAAAAUAUGAUAAUCCAGUUGCUGAAGAUUAUAAGGAAAAAUUAACUGCAGAUUUGGAAGGUAAAUCAUUUACUCCAAGAGAUUAUUCUAAAUUACCAAAAACAAAUGUUCAAUCUGCCACUACUGAUUCAACAAGUGAUAGUAAUACACCAUUAACUUCAAGAAAGGGAACUCCAACACCAUCAAAUAACGCCCCAAUAAAUCAACAAAAGGCUAAAAAUGAAUCAUAUUUUGCAAGUUUAGGUGCCAAAAAUGAAUCAAGACCUGAAGGUGUUGCACCAAGUCAAGGUGGUAAAUAUGCAGGUUUUGGUAAUACUCCACAACCAUCACAAUCAAAUACAAGAGGUAAUGGUGGUUCAUUAUCUUCAUUCACUUUAGAUAAUUUCCAAAGUGAUCCUUUGGGAACUUUUACAAAAGGUUGGGGACUUUUUUCAAGUACAAUUGCUAAAUCUGUUGGUGAAGUUCAUGAAACUGUUAUAAAACCUGGUGUUCAACAAUUAGAUGAACAUGAUUAUACAAAUGAAGCUAAAAGAGCCGCUGCACAAUUUGGUCAAAAAUUUCAACAAACAAGUGCUUAUGGUUAUGAUGCUUUAAAUAAUUUAAAUAAAAAUUUAAUAAAUCAUGAUCAAACAAAUGGUGGUGGUAAAUAUGGUAAAUUAUUUGAUGAUUUAAAUGCAGGUGAUGAAGAUGGUAUAAAACCUGCUUUUGGUAUUGAAAAACCUAAGAAUAAAACUAAAUUACAAGGUUUAUCAAGUAGAAAAGCUGCAUCAAAAGAAGAUGAAAAAUGGGAUGAUUUUUAA